GGCGCUGUAGGUGACGUAGAGGAGAGGACGCGAGAAUAUUUAGACGCUUCCUUAUGUGCUCUUGAGAGGCUGGGUGACGUCAUUAAUGCGCGCCAUUUGAAUGCUACAGCUACCGAAGAGUGAAGAUUAAACAUGUCUGAGCGGAAAGUCUUAAAUAAAUAUUACCCUCCAGAUUUUGAUCCAUCUAAAAUCCCAAAGUUAAAGCUCCCAAAAGAUCGCCAAUAUGUGGUUCGUCUGAUGGCACCAUUUAAUAUGAGGUGUAAAACUUGUGGAGAGUACAUUUACAAAGGAAAGAAGUUCAAUGCUAGAAAAGAAACUGUGCAAAAUGAACUGUAUCUGGGACUCCCUAUUUUCCGCUUCUAUAUUAAGUGUACACGUUGCCUAGCUGAGAUUACUUUUAAGACAGACCCUGAAAACACAGAUUAUGCCAUGGAACAUGGAGCAACUCGCAACUUCCAAGCAGAAAAAUUGAUAGAGGAGGAAGAAAAGAGAUUUCAAAAAGAACGCGAAGAAGAAGAGCUCAAUAACCCUAUGAAGGUUCUUGAGAACCGUACCAAGGAUUCCAAAAUGGAGAUGGAGGUUUUAGAGAACCUACAAGAACUGAAAGAACUAAAUCAGCGCCAGGCAAAUGUGGACUUUGAAGGAAUGCUGGAGGUUUAUAAAGCAACAGAGGAGGAGAUCAGGAGGCGGCAAGAGGAGGAGGAUGAACAAGAGCUGAGGUCAAUGAUGGAAGCAGCCAACAGAAAACGGUUGUUGGAAGAUUCUGACUCGGAUGAAGAGGGUUCUCAAGUGAAGCCUAAACACACCCAAAAAACAAAAGCAACUGAUAUAUUGGUUAAGAAUGAUAAUUUCCAGAACAAGAAACAGCGAGGUGAGGAAUUGGAAAGCAGCAGUGUCAAAGUAAAUAGCCGACAACUUUUAUCAGGACUUGUAGUGAGGAAGAAAGAGGUGGCACAGCAAGACCAGGCUAAACAGCACAACACCAAAAUGGACCGUGAAAAAAUUGCACCGAAAGUCACAGAAAUGCAGAAUGAGUCUGCAUUACAAUCCACAGGUGCAGUAGCAGAAUCUCAUUCUUCAAAUGUCAACUCCAGCCUGCCUGGCUCUUCAGGUGUCUCCUCUCUGAUGCAGCUGGGAGCUUACUCUGACAGUGAAGAAAGUAACUGAGGAUCAGAAGACAUUAUUAUGAUGCCAUUUACAGAGAAAUGUUUUAUAUAUGAUAUUUUUUGUCCAGCUUUCUGACAGGGUUCAAGUCCAUUAGCAAAAAGAUAUUUCCUAUGGGCAAUAAUCUUUCGAAUUGCAAUUUUUUUCAAACUCUUAAGUGAAAUACUGGUUUUAAUAUUUAAAGCUUUUUUUAAACAAAUAGCUGGCUGGGAAUAUUGAUCUUGUCCUGCUAUAAUUUCACAGUCCACUGCUUCUUUCAGACUACCACGGAGAUGCAGUGUGAGGCACUAAAUUGAAGUAAUGUAAGCAACUUUGGAACUGGUCUUUAUUAUUAAUAUUUUACUUUUGUGGUUUUCCAUUCUCCACCCUUUAACUUUUAUCUGGGUAGCUUUGGUGUUUGUAAGUGAGAAAUAUUAUGCUGUCAAUUAGAGUAGUGUGGAAAGAGGGCCCGGGCUGAAGUGCAGUUAGCGUUACAUUUAAAGGGGGCACUUAUUUGGAACUGUAAAAUGAUUACUCAUACACUAUUCUUUUAACAUAUCUGUAGCCUUUUUGUGAGGUAACCCUAAUCAAAAGCUGGAUCUCAACCUUUUUACAUUACUGAUGGUGGUAUUCAUUUGGACUUAUUUACUGAUACUGGCUGAAUUUGCACCAGCACCAUGACCUGUAGCAACAAUCUGCAAUUGACUAAUAUUUUUUAUAGCAGGCAAAUAAAUAAAGCCAAUCUAUGGAUUGCUGCAAUGGUGCAAGCUUGUCCAGUGUUGUAAAUUAGCCUUUGUGUGAUUUCUGUACCCUCAGUUUGUAUCAUAAAUUUUGGAUAAUUAACAAACUGACCACACAUCAGCUGGAUGACCAAUUGCCACAGUUUGUGCACAGUUUUAAUUAACAGUCUAGUUUUGGAAGGUCAAACAAAUUUGCCUGUGUAAUCCUAACCAGAUUUGAUCCUCAGAAUUAGGGGCAGAUUUAUCCAAGUCUGAGAUUCGAUCUCGCCACAGAAAAAUUCACUUCUAUUUCAUUCCUAUGGGAUUUGUAAAAGCAUAAUAAUAAUCAAAUGGGAAUUCUGCCCAUUAAUAAAUCUGACUCAAAACAUCCCAUAGGAAUGAAUAGAAAGUGGUUGCAUUUUUUUGUGCCGAGAUCUAAUCUCACAUUUUGAUUUAUCUGCCUCUAUUUUGACAUAUCUCUAUCUUAAUUUGAUUUAUUAACUCAUUUUUGUGUACUAAGUGGUAAUGAUUGCCUUUUGGUUAAAAACUUAAAAUUCUUAUUUUCUGUAUGGGUGAUACUGCUUAUAUCUAUGUGUAAUUUCUUCUCUUCAUUUUACUUGUUGAAGAAGUACAGCCUAGUGUCCUUUCAGUCGAGCUUGAAAGUUUUCCUUGAAUCAUUCAAUAAUAACUUUCAGCGCUGUGAUGUAGUUAAUUGUUCUAAAGAAACAUCUGAAAGUGGUCGCUAGGUGUCAGGUUCUCAGUGGGCUGUUGUCUCACACUGUAGGUUCAUCUUAUCUUUGUACAUUUUGUGUAUGUUCUGUAUUUGGCAAUACAUUUGUUUAACGUAAUGUAAAAAAUAUAAAUAAAUAUAGUCAACUUGUGCAUUU